AUGGCCAUCAAGGAGCACGGACGUCAAUACGAUCUCGUUCUCCUCGGAGCCAGCGGCUAUACCGGUCGGUUGACCGCUGAACACAUCGCCACAAAUCUCCCUAGCCAUCUGAAAUGGGCUGUUGCGGGACGGUCAGAGUCCAAGCUCAACGCCGUGGUGGCAGAGUGCCAGAAGCUGAAUUCUGAUCGGCUGCCGCCCAGCGUUGAGAUUGCUCAUGUGGACGACGAGGCCCAGUUGAGGGCUCUGGUGCAGAAAGCCUUCGUGGUCAUCACCACCGUCGGUCCGUAUUGCCUCUACGGCGAACCCAUUUUCAAGCUGUGCGCGGAAACGGGCACGCACUAUCUUGACUGCACCGGCGAAGUUCCUUGGGUCGCCCGCAUGAUCAACAAGUACGAGGACACGGCGAGGAAAUCCGGCGCCAUCAUGAUCCCCCAGUCGGGGAUGGAGUCUGCUCCCGCGGACCUGGUGACAUGGUCCAUGGCGCAGCACCUGAGGAAGCACUUGAACGCACCGACAAAGGAUGCUAUUGUGACCAUCCACAAGUUGAGCUCCAAGCCGUCCGGAGGCACGCUUGCCACCCUUCUCGUGUUUUUUGAGCAUUUUCCUCUCAAGGAAAUCAUCGAAGCAACCAAGCCGUAUGCGUUCUCUCCGAUCCCCCAUACCUCGGGGGCUCGGCCGCGGAAAUCUCUACUCCAACGCAUGCUAGGAGUGACCUCGCUGCCCUACCUUGGACGGGUCACCACGUCCAUCGCGGGCACGACAGAUCAGGCUGUCGUCACGAGAACAUGGGGCCUCUUGCAUGAGGUGCCCAGCCGAAAGGACGAGUUUUACGGCCCCCAGUUCACGUGGGUGGAAUACUUCACGGCCCGCAACUGGCUGCACGGCGUUGCCGUGCAUUUUGCCCUGGCCGUCGGUGGCUUUCUCCUGGCGUUUGUCCCGCCCUUCAGGAGCCUGGUGAGAAGGUUUGUGUUCCAGCCAGGAGAGGGCACAGGCAGGGAAGGCAUGGCCAAGGAGGAGGUGGAGUAUCGCGGCACAGCGUCCCCCGAUGUUGACGACAACCCGACCGGGAAGCAGGCCUUUUGUCGUGCUUGGUACCACGGCAGCCUGUACGCGCUUACAGGGGUUUUCCUCGCCGAGGGAGCCUUGACCAUCUUGGAGGAGGACGUCCAAUUGGGAGGCGGCUCAUUCACACCCGCUUGUCUCGGCAAAGGCUAUCUCGAUCGGCUGGACGGUGCCGGUUUCAAGAUUGAUGUUCAGACAGUCGAGGGCUGA